GUGCCGGCCGCCGGGUCCGGAGCCGGAGAGCGUUUGAGGGGCCAGCCAGGAAGGGAGUUUCUUUUCCUUCCCAAUUGCCCGGUCUCGGGCGGCGCCGGCUCUGCCUAACCUCGCCUCACUGCCGUGCGCCCCCGGCCCGGCUCCGGGUGUCAGCUUUUUCUGGGCCCCUCGGGGAGUUGGGGCCUGGAGGUUCGGAGGUAGCGGCUGCUGCCCGGCGUCGGAGUGAGGGGCGCACCCCUCUUGGGCCCUGCCAACUCCGCCACCGGCCCGCACCUCCAUGGGCCCAAGCCAGAAGCCCAACGUGUGCCGCAGGCUGAGUCGCCGGGCGCUGGGCUUCUUCUCUCGGGACGCGGGCGUGGUGCAGAGGACGAACCUGGGUAUCCUGCGGGCGCUGGUGUGCCAGGAAAGUACUAAGUUUAAGAAUGUUUGGACAACUCAUUCCAAGUCACCUAUAGCCUAUGAGAGAGGAAGAAUAUAUUUUGACAACUAUCGGUUAUGUGUCAGCAGUACUGACUCCAGCGGCUUGCUCCUGGGUUUUUGCUUCUACGUUGCAUCAGAGCCAAGAAAACUUUAUGAAAUGCCAAAAUGUUCCAAAUCAGAAAAAAUAGAGGAUGCUUUAUUAUGGGAAUGCCCAGUGGGAGAAAUGCUUCCCAAUACAUCAGAUUAUAAAUCCUCACUCAUAGCACUGACUGCUCAUAAUUGGCUACUUCGUAUAUCAGCAACUACAGGAAAAGUCCUUGAGAAAAUAUAUCUUGCUUCAUAUUGCAAAUUCAGAUACCUGAGCUGGGACACUCCUCAAGAAGUCAUUGCAGUCAAGUCAGCUCAGAGCAAAGGCUCAGCAUUGGCCCAGCAGGCAGGCAUUCAACAACCUGUUUUGCUGUACCUUGCAGUGUUCCAUGUGCUACCUUUUUCACUCAUAGGGAUUCUGGAGAUCAACAAAAAGAUUUUCGGGAGCGUAACAGAUGCCACCUUGUCUCAUGGAAUACUGAUUGUGAUGUACAGCUCGGGACUGGUCAGACUUUAUAGCUUCCAAGCCAUCACUGAACAGUUCAUGCAACAGAAACUUGACUUAGGGUGUGCAUGCAGAUGGGGUGGGACUACUGGAACUGUAGGAGAGGCUCCUUUUGGCAUUCCUUGUAAUAUUAAAAUCACAGAUACACCACCACUGCUCUUUGAGGUGUCCUCCCUGGAGAAUGCUUUUCAGAUUGGAGGCCAUCCUUGGCACUACAUCAUCACACCUAAUAAGAAGAAACAAAAAGGAGUUUUCCAUAUUUGUGCCCUAAAGGACAAUUCCUUGGCAAAAAACGGGGUCCAAGAAAUGGAGUGUUGUUCUCUAGAAUCUGACUGGAUCUAUUUCCAUCCUGAUGCUUCUGGUAGAAUAAUACAUGUUGGCCCAAAUCAGGUCAAAGUUUUAAAGCUAAGUGAAGUAGAAAAUAAUAGUGCCCAGCAUCAGAUCUCUGAAGAUUUUGUCAUUUUGGCCAACAGGGAGAAGAACAAAAAUGAAAACUUACCCACUGUUACAGCUUCUGGACGGGUGGUAAAAAAAAGCUUUAACCUUCUGGAUGAUGACCCAGAACAAGAGACUUUCAAAAUUGUGGACUAUGAAGAUGAGUUAGAUUUGCUUUCUGUGGUAGCUGUUACUCAAAUAGAUGCUGAAGGAAAAGCUCACCUGGAUUUCCACUGUAAUGAAUAUGGAACUUUACUUAAAAGCAUUCCACUCGUGGAGUCAUGGGAUGUGACAUAUAGCCACGAAGUUUACUUUGACAGAGACUUGGUACUACACAUAGAACAGAAACCCAGCAGGGUCUUCAGCUGCUAUGUUUACCAGAUGGUAUGUGACCCUGGGGAAGAAGAAGAAACCACAAACAGAAGUUGUAAAAAAGAUUGCAAUAAUUUUAAAUUUUGAGAUGUAACUUCUGAGACUUCUAGCCAAACACCCCAGCAGCCAUGUCCAGUCCUCCUUUUUAUUAUCUGCAUAGCAUAUUCUCCAGUAUUUUCCAGAGAAGGUCUUGUGUUGACUUCGGAUGACUGUGACUUCUUUUUUAAACUCUUGCCAUACAAGGUGGUGAGUACUUCAUUUUAUGUAGAGAUUUUUUACAAUGACAUCCCAAGAAGUCUAACAUUUUGCAGUUUUUAGGCGGGUGGUGAUGCAAAUGUAAAACACUGAAGAGCAGAGAAAGAGGUUAAUUCUAAUUUUUGGGAGAGGGUCAUCGAUGAGUAGGUGUUUAACGUGGUUGUUAAAGGAUGGCCUGGGAUUUUGAUUAGUAAAACUAAGGGUGAGAGAUAAAAAGAAAGAUACAAAAGAUACAGAAAGAAAUCAAGAAAUCCUGUAUCCUCUCACCCAAACUUUGUUUAAGGAUGGAAAAUGAGAUCUAUAAUAUGAAAGAAUACUUUGAGCCAAAAAUGUGUCAUCACAGUUUAAAAAAAAUGUAUAUGUAUAUAUGUUUUGUGUUUGUAUAUAGUAUCAGGAAUUGGCUGUAGUUCCCCAAUAUCUUUUCUUCCAUGGUUUUAUUCUCUUGGUUUGAUGUUCCCAUUGGUUUUUUGUGUUUCUAUUAGGCUAAUGUAAAAGAUUUCAAGCAAACUGUAAGUGAAAUUUUUUUUCUCAUAUGUAGGCUGUUUAGCUGUUAAUACAUCUAAGAAUGUUGUAUUCAUUUCACUCUUCUAUUUAUUUGGUGAGUCUUCCAGUUCUGCUUAGGCAAUAUUUUCAUACCUAGGCAAUAAGAUAAAGGUAUCCUGGGUUGUACCAGCUCUGCUCCCUGUAGAAGAGUAGAUAAAGUCCCAGGAGUUCUUACUAGCUUGGAAACUGACUGGCAACUAGAAAAAGGUUUUGGCUCUAUCUUAGCUGUGAGAUGAGUAUUUUUUCUUCUUUGUUAGAACUGAUCAAAAUAUGAUCCUUGAACUCAGAUAAUCAUUCUUCAGAAUGUUAAAUAAAAGCAACCCAAGUAAAGGGAGGAAAAUGUUUCUUUGUGGUUCCUGUUUGAAAAAUCCAGUUGCUUGCAAUACAUAUGUUUAGCACAUUUCUCUGAUUCAGGCUCAAAAGAAUAACUAGUAAAAAUAGAAGGGGAGGAGACAGCAGUAAAAAUCAUUGCUGAUUCAAAUUUAAAAUUAAAAUAUGGGAUAUUAGCUUGGAUGAUUUACAUCAAAAUCCUCCAGUUUUUCCUUCAGUUUUGGCCUUAUGCCAUGUUAAGAACAAUGUGAAUUCUGCCCUGUUCUGCCCUUGAAGUUUGCAGAUAAAUUUCAGGCUAAUUAUGAUCAACAGGGCUGGUGCGAGAAAGGCGUUAGCUAUUCCAAAAGUCUAGAAAUUAGUAGCAGAGUCCAUAAAUUAAAAAAAAAUAAAGCCUAAAACUGUCUUUUGUGCAAUAGAAAAGAAGAUUGCUAACAUUUUAGAAUAAGGGAAAAUAUUUAUAUGUUGGCUAAAAAUAAAUCUUUCUGAAUCUGCACUUAUGUAUAAUAACCACUUGGGAAAGUAAAAGUGAUUGAUUACCUCAUGAGCAAGAUGAUAAAACUAUCUUCAUAUAUUAAAUUCUAAUACUUUUAUAUCUACAAGUUGAAAAAUCCAUUCUCGUUUUAUGCAUAUUUAAUAGUACUAUUUAAUAUAAUAUUUGAAGUCAGAGUAUUUUGGAGACAUGAUUGUGAUUACAAAGCACAGUUAUGAAUAGCUGAAUAGUUAUGAUGUGCUAGAUAUUGCCCCAGACUUCCAACUAGACAUGAGCUAUAUCUAAAUAGUCCUGCCCAGUGAAUUUAUACCUUGAAACAGGUUCGAUAAGAGGAAAUAGAUAAAUAUCAGAGAAAAGAAAAGAAACCAGUAUGGUGGGUUUCAAAGCAAAUGCAGUGCUGUGCAAAGGCAGAAAGCCUGCUCUCCAUUUCCAAAAGUGUUUCAGAAAAGGAUGUCUUAAGACUUCAAUUCUGUCAGAUUUUUUUUUAAAAAGCAGGCUUGUUGAGUUUACCUUUCUCUAAGUCAUUGCCUUCUUUUUAUGAAGGAACUCAUCUGUUCAGAAAGGCAUCUGAGAACUAUCUGAGAUUCUUGGCUGCUUUUUUGGUGGGGGCAGGGUUGAGUGGAAUACUUCCAGUCAAGACAGGAACUGAGCACUAAGAAACGCCUAUUGUCUCACUGCUGCCCAAAUCAAACUAGACCUGGAUCCACAUGCCAUAUGGGCCAGGCAGGAAAUGCACCUAGUGUGAAAGACAAUAGGGAGUUGUGGACAGUGUAACAUAGGAGAGCUAUGCCCCAACUAAAGGGACAAGCUGCUACUGCUUAGUUAAUUAAGCUGCUACUGCUUAGUUUCAGCCAGUUGUAACACCAUGUGGGAAUGUGGACUGCAUGAUUGUUAACAAGAAGGUUAAUAAAAAGGGUGCCAAAAGAUAAAGAAGAUAGCAAAGAAUGUGGUAAAUGCACAGGUAACAGACAUAGCAGGAAACAAUAGAGCAUGAUUCCCCCAAAAUUAUUGGCUUCCCAGCUCCCUACAGUGGCAGCAGCUGCUCAUUCCGCCGCCUGCCAGACAUGAGACUGCUGUUCUCCUGAGGGCAGAGGGAAGUGGUAGUUAAUAUCCUCCUGCCCCUCCUUAACCCUCCUCUCUAUCUGACUAUUUUAGAGGCUUCAACUAUGUGCCAGCCUACUUAACAGGUGCUAGGGGCAGGCAUAAAACAAUAUGGGUGACAUUUCUGAAUGUUUAAUGCAAGAUUGGGUGAAACAGGGUAGCUUCUUUUAGAUGGUCCGGAUAUUAAGCUGAUGAGAGGUAUAUUUCUGCAUUUCUCUCUUUGAUCUAAGGGUCUGAAUUCUCACAGUAUCAGUGCAGCAAGAUUAUUGUUCUUUGACUUUCUAAAACAUUUCUCGCAACUCAGAGAAAACAAAACAAAUCCUAUUGUAGUUGCUAUUUGAACUACCUUGUGAGGAGAUGAUACUGUUCUAUUUAAAUAAACUAAGGUUUUGUUCCACAUUUUUCCAUCAAUUGAAUGUUUUGUUUCUUGUACACACUUUUUUCUUAAUGAUAGCAUAUUUAUUGAGUGCUUUCUAUCUGCCAAUCUAUCUGUGAUACAUGUAAAAUGAAUUGUCUCACUUAACAUUCAAAAUAACCGUAUGAGGUAUGAACUACCAUUUUUCAUCCUCAUUUGUAAAAUGAGGAAAGUGAGGCUUACGAAGUUAAUUUGCCCAAGGGCCUACAACUAAUAAGUGCAGAGAUGGGAAACACAUUCAGAUUUGUUUGACACAAACUUAUGCCAGAUUUCCUCUAAAGCUCUCAAAAGGCAAAGGAUGUUAUUUUAUCCCAUAUGUAGCAUAUUAACAAUGAUAACAUUGGGUAUAUACGAAAAUGCUUAAAAGUCUUUUUAAAAAAUGAUUAGAUAUCCGAAUUUUGGACAAAUUUUGGAUGAGACACAAUUGGCCUAUUCAUGUAUAUAACUUGACAUAAAAGAUGGCUCUUGGGCUUCCCUGGUGGCGCAGUGGUUGAGAGUCCGCCUGCCAGUGCAGGGGACACGGGUUUGUGCCCCUGUCCGGGAGGAUCCCACGUGCCGCAGAGUGGCUGGGCCCGUGGGCCAUGGCCGCUGAGCCUGCGCGUCCAGAGCCUGUUCUCCGCGGCGGGAGAGGCCACAGCAGUGAGAGGCCCGCGUACCGCAAAAAAAAAAAAAAAAAAAAAAAAAGAUGGCUCUUCAUGCAAUGGCUGAAAAAAGUCAGUUUUUAAAAAGAUACAAAAAAAUGGUACUCUGAUCUUGUUUGUGGUGAUAAUAAACACCAGUAUUAGUAAUUACUCUUAAUGUAACUUGAUUUUCUUUUCAAUAAUUAAUAUGUUUUCUUACCUUUCUUACAAUGUUUACAUGUAUGACUUACCUUUUAGAAUCCCAGGGAUUAUGCAGGGCUAAUUUCCGGUCCCUGUGUUUCUAUAGAGUCUCUAUCCUAUAGAAAGAAUAAUUUAUUUCAGGCCAAGGAUAGAUAAUAGAAAGAUAAGACCAACUGGCUUUUCCUAAUCGUUUUAUUAUAAAAAUUUUCAAACAUACAGCAGAAUUGAGAGAAUUUUACAGUAAAUACCCAAAUACCAACCACAUGGAUUCUACAUUUUAUUCUACAUGUUUUAUUACUUAUCCAUCCAUGUUAUUUUUAUGAUGCUUUUCAAAAUAAAUUGCAGACAUCAGUAUAUAUCCUCCUAAUACUUCAAAAGGCAUAUCAUUAAGUAGGGUUUAGUAUGGUUUCAUUUUUUUCAUUUUUAAGGUACAUUCACAUGCAGUGUAAUGCACAAAUGUUAAGUAUAAAUUUGCUAAUUUUUCCCAAAUCCAUACACCUGUGUAACCCAAACCCUUUUCAAAAUUUAGAACAUUGCAAUUAUGCCAGAAAGUUUCCUCAUGCCCCUUCCCAGUCAUUCCCUACCCCAACUCUCAGAUGUAACUACUGUUCUGAUUAUUUUGCCUCACAGAUUAAAUUUUUCUAUUCUAAAACUUCAUAUAAAUGAAAUCAUGCAAAGCAUAAUGCCUCUUUCACUCAGCAUGUUAUUGAGAUUAAUUCAUGUUGCCUGUAUCAGUGGUUCAUUCCUUUUUAUUGCUGAAUAUUCUCUUGUAUGAAUAUGUCAGUUUGUUUUUUUCCAUUUUCCUGUUGAUGGACACAUGGGCUGUUUCCACUUUUCUUUCUUUUUUUUUUUUGCUGUUAUAAAUAAAGCUGCUAUGAACAUUCUUAUACAAUUUUUUUUAUGAA